AUGGCAACUCCUCCUAGUUCUGACGAAGGGGAGAUUGUAGAGAAUGGCGUUGGAGACUUGAAGGCAACUUCACUGCCUCAGUUUGAAGGAACCGGUGUUGACCGUAUCGACAGAACUCGAGCUAGAUAUUCAAGAUCAAGAUCACCCGAUAAUGUGAACGGCUCGAGAUAUGCCCCCGGCUCUUCUCGACGAAGUCGCUCUCCUCGCGGACGUAAGCGUCCCCGCGAUGAUCGUGAUUCGAAUCGUGGUAGCCGCCUAGAUUCAGAUCCACGACGAUUUCGCGUACAUUACGAAGACAAUACCGACGGUUACCGCCGGUCGCGCUUGUCGUACGAUGACGAGGACCGCCCCCCUUCACGUUCGUCGGCGCCCAACCUCUACUAUGACGAUAGGGAUCGAGACUAUACUACUCGUACUAAAGGGAGAGAUCGAAGCCGAGACCGUGAACGACACCCUAGAAAGCGCCAUAGAAACCGCUCUCGUUCUCCGUACAGACCACCGAACGAUAGAAACCGAGGAGGCAAGCUGCGGUAUGAUGACAGCAGAAAUCAACGCGCUCCUGAUCAAGACAGCGUAGGAAGUGUUAGGUCGAGCUAUCAAGGCACCCCUCGGCAUUCACAAGAUCAUGCAAAGUAUCAUGAGCGACAAGACUCGGUAGAAACACAAGGUACUAGCAAAGAUGACACUAAACGUGCACCAGGUAGUUCGGAGGAAACUACUCUUACAGCUCCUCCAACUCAAUCCGGCGAACCAGAUAAGGACUACGAAGAGAAGCCUGAAAACAUAGAGGCAGAAUUAGAACGCCGACGCCGACGUCGUGAAGAGCUUCUCGCCAAAUCACGCGGUGCUACGCCAAUGCUAGUCCAAGCUCUCCAAGCUUCCGAAAAGACGAAUGCAUCCUCACCAGGGCGAACACGAGCAAGCACACCUAUGGCUGUUGAUGGAAAUACACCCGGUUCUUUUGCCUCAUCGCCGAACUCGCCAGCCCGUGUUCUUCAAGAAGGAAUGUCACCUGCUGCAAUCGAGAUUUCUAAUGAUCAAGAGCUCAUCAACAUUCAUGGUAAAUUUAAAGGUACUGAUGAUGAUGGGCCUUCCGCUGCAGAUUAUGAUCCAACUGUAGAUAUGAGAGAGGAUGAGCUACGAGACGAGCUUCGGCAUGGUCAUAUUGGUCCCCACGGAGAGACACUUCCUCCCGAUGAAAAGGCCGAAAUCGCUAUAAUAGAAGAGCCGCAAGUAGCAGAGAAGCCGAAGACUGACGAUGACGAUGACUUCGAUAUGUUCGCCGAAGAGUUCGAUGAAGAGAAGUUCGCUGCCCCCAAACCCACACAUCUAGACACCACCGUAGACAACCACAAAGCGCCCCUUACUGUUAUUCAGCCCAAUGCCGGUGGCAUUCUCGAGGGAGACGAUAAAGAUGGAUACUACAAAAUCCGAAUUGGUGAGAUCAUGGAUGGUCGAUACCAAGUCCAAACAACUCUAGGUAAAGGCAUGUUUUCCGGUGUCGCUCGAGCAGUCGACAUUACAAGUAAGAAAUUGGUUGCCAUUAAGAUGAUGCGAAACAACGAUGCUCUCAGAAAGGGUGGCUUUACCGAGAUCGCAAUUUUGCAAAAAUUAAACGACGCUGACCCUGAAAACCGUAAGCACAUUGUCAAGUUCGAGCGGUAUUUCGAACACAAGGGUCACCUCUGUCUUGCAUUUGAGAACCUCAGCCUAAACUUAAGAGAGGUCUUAAGAAAGUUUGGUAACAAUAUCGGCAUUAAUCUGGGCGCGACGCGCGCCUAUGCACAUCAGAUAUUUGUUUCUUUAGCUCAUCUUCGCAAAUGCAGUAUCAUUCAUGCUGACUUGAAGCCGGACAAUAUCUUGGUAAACGAAACUCGCAAUGUCCUCAAGAUCUGUGAUUUGGGCACAGCUAUUGAUAGAUCAGACGCUGCAACCGCGAACAACGAAAUCACACCGUACUUAGUCAGUCGGUUUUAUCGAGCUCCGGAGAUCAUUCUCGGGAUGCCGUAUGAUUAUGCCGUCGACAUGUGGUCCAUAGGGUGCACAUUAUAUGAGCUUUACACCGGCAAAAUCCUAUUUACAGGAGACAGUAACAACCAGAUGCUCAAGGCUAUCAUGGAAAUCCGCGGCAAGUUUAGCAGCAAGUUGUACAAGCGUGGUCAGUUAUCUCAUAUGCAUUUUGACGACUUCGGAAAUUUUAUUAGCCUCGAGACAGAUAAAGCGCUUGGAAAGACCACCGUACGGACCCUAGCCGUUGUCAAACCGACCCGUGAUUUGCGUACUCGCCUCUUGGCUGCCUCUGGUGGCAUGAAUGAUGUGGAGUCUAGGGAUCUCAACCACUUCAUAGACCUACUAGAAAGAUGUCUAACACUCAACCCGGACAAAAGAAUUACUCCGUCCGAGGCACUCAAGCAUCCUUUCUUUGCGGCUAAGAUUAUUGGCCCCUCAAGAUAG